AAAUUAAUAAGGCUUUAAAGGAAAUUGUUGAUAAGUAAGUAGGGGCACCGUUGUCAUUCCACGAAGCAGGGGUAUAAUCGGUAAUAAGGAAGACACAACACAAGCUCGCCCCUCUUUCGGUUUCUUUCUCUCGCUCUCCAGCAGAGUAUCAGAUCUGGGUUUUGUAGACUUCGAAGGAAGAAGAUAACUCCGUUACCAGUGAAAGCAUUCAGGAAACAUGCCUCCCCAGAAGAUUGAAACUGGUCAUAGCGACACUGUCCAUGAUGUGGUCAUGGAUUACUAUGGAAAGCGAGUGGCUACUGCCUCAUCUGACUGCACUAUCAAGAUUACCGGAGUAAACAACAGCAGUGGAUCACAGUCUCUAGCUACCUUAACCGGUCACCGAGGUCCUGUCUGGCAAGUCGCUUGGGCGCACCCAAAGUUCGGUUCGCUCCUCGCUUCAUGUUCCUACGAUGGGCAGAUCAUACUAUGGAAAGAAGGUGACCAGAACCAAUGGGCACAAGCUCAUUUCUUCACUGACCACAAAGUAUCAGUCAACUCUAUCGCUUGGGCUCCUCAUGAUCUCGGACUCUCCUUAGCUUGUGGAGCAUCCGAUGGAAACAUAUCCGUUUUCUCAGCUAGAGCUGACGGCGGUUGGGACACAACAAAGAUCGACCAAGCACACCCGGUUGGAGUCACUUCAGUCUCGUGGGCACCAGCUACAGAACCAGGCGCACUCGUAAGCUCAGGUAUGCUCGAACCGGUUUACAAACUAGCAUCAGGUGGGUGUGACAGCACGGUGAAAGUGUGGAAAUUCUCCAACGGGUCAUGGAAAAUGGACUGUUUCCCGGCUCUUAGCAAACACACAGAUUGGGUGCGUGACGUGGCAUGGGCACCGAACUUGGGUCUCCCAAAAUCAACCAUAGCAAGUGGUUCAGAAGAUGGGAAAGUGAUCAUAUGGACAACAGGGAAAGAAGGGGAGCAAUGGGAAGGUAAAGUAUUGAAAGAUUUCGAGACAACAGUGUGGAGGGUGUCGUGGUCGUUGACGGGUAACUUGUUGGCGGUUUCGUAUGGGAACAAUAACGUAACAGUGUGGAAAGAGAUUGUUGAUGGAGAGUGGGAAGAAGUGACUUCCGUUGAGCCAUAAUAGAUUUGGGUUUGUAUGUUUGUACUUUUGCUUUGUGGUAAUAUCAAAAUAUCAAAAUGUGGGGUUUCUUCUGUAUACAUUUUUCUAGGGACCAGUUUCUCUCUAUACGUUGUUUCUCAUGAAUAUGUGUACUAUUUUUUAUCAGACUCUUAACGAUUGCAAAAAGAAAUGUAUCUUCAACUCAUCCACCAA